ACUCACCAAUUUUCCUAGCCUUCACACCCACUUCGAAAGUAAAGACCAAUAAACAAUGCAUUUCCAACACGCGUUAUCUCUACUCUUCGCCGUUACGGCACUCGCCUCGCUAUCACCAGAGGCCAACAACAACCCCACUUUGGUCAACCGCGAUAGCCUCCCUCUCGAUAAACGGGCAUGUAGCUAUAACGGCUGCGCCUGUGUCAGCGGCCUCGCUGCAGGCGUCUAUUGUGGCAACUGCGUCGUCGGCGCCGGCACGUAUGCGAUACGCACCAAGCGCAUCAGUACCCACGCAUACCAGUGCAACUCGAGCGGAGGGUGCUGCGACUACGGUGUUGCGAGCGAUUGUGGGAAGAGCGGUGCGAGGUGCCGACAAGGUUCGCCGAAUUGAGUGAAGAGCCUGUACAUGAACAACUACCAUACAUGUGUUGAAAUCGAGGAGGAAAGUCAAUUGGAGUACGCAGGAUGGUG